ACAUUUGCCGGCCCAGUUAUUCGUUUCGAGACGUCGCACUGUGCGAUUGUGUCCGCUUUAUCGGUCCACGAAGUUCUUAUUGCUGACUAUUGUUAUAUAUUUAUAUGCCAUGUUCAAGAUACAGUGGUCACUCACAACCGUUUGUUUAAAUUGAGUUUGUUUGUAAUUAUUUCCUUUGCUGGUGUUUGUGGAAAGUUAAGUUAAUUUACCUUAUUGAAUUUGAUUACUCCGUAUAUCCUGACUGUAAUUUCUUAACUUUUUCAACGCUGUAUACUUGUGAUAAGUGAGUGUUUUUCGAUUUAGCGGACUCAUCGUAUUUAAGUACAUAACAGAUUUAAAUGCAAGAUGAUAUAACGACGGUGCUAUAAACAACUCAAAAUGAAUCAGCUCGUGAAUAAGAAUCUCAUUACUCUUAAGUGCGUGCUCUUCUGUUUCCUCGCCGGUAUAGGAUGUAUCUUCCCAUAUCUUCCGCUGCACAUGCUGCACAUUGGUUUGGACCGCGGUGAGGCGAGACUUGUGUCAGCGAUCGCGCCCUGUAUCGCACUACUUGGACCCGCCAUACUUGGACCGCUUAUUGACAAGCUAUCAAUAGGUCGUGGCUCCACCGGCGGAGGGACCGGGCCGAGCGGCUCUGGUCGCCUACUCCGUAUUGUAACAGCUGUCUGUUUAAUAUUGAGCGCUGUCUUCUACACGCUCCUGCUGGCUGUGCCUUACACUGAACGACAUGAAGCUCGCCGGCCUCAAGUGCUGUUCAUGUGUGACGAAUCUGGUGCGUACGUGAUGCAGGAAGUCUGUGGAGAAGGGAUGCAGUGCAAACGUUGGCAGGGAGAAAAGUCUGGUGUGUUGGCUGUGAGUGCGUGCGAGUACGGCUGUGCGGAUGACAACCUCACCUGGGUGAUGCGGCCAUUCACCACCACAUCGACCACCACCACCCUCAGCCCCAUGUACAACAGCGUUGCCAACGCCACUACUCCUUCAGACCUGGUGACCGAGGAACCCGAAGACGAGGACUACUUCGAACUGAACCCUCCACACCUGUGCUACAACGGACAGUGCUUAGUGUACAUGCAACAUUCCGCCAGGCUGAGAGUUCCGCUGUCCCUGCUGGCGCCAGAACCGCCAGGAGACAACUCCACAGUCGAGAACAAUUGGUGCACAUAUCGGACGGGUGGUGCGUCAAAGUGUUUGGUACCGCCGAGUCGUUUGGCGGAGAUCUCAGUGGAGGGUGAAACGUGUAAGCCCGCGGUCAGGUGUCAGGUCAUGGAUCCCUACGACGAACCGGACGGAGUGUUGGCGGACGCUGAGUGUAGGCUCGUUGUCGGAGAACCCACCACCACCUUCUGGACUUACCUCGUCAUCAGGGUGUUGGCGGAUAUAUGGCCAACCGCCGGGCUGGCGUUACUAGGCGCGGCCUGCGUGAUCGCUACUAGAGAGACUUCGCUGGGUCGUGGCGAUGUUGGCCGGCAGUUGGCGUUCGGGACACUAGGGUUGGCCAUAUUCCCGCCACUGGCCGGGUACGCCGGCGAACAGAUGACGGAAUCUCCGUACCUGGUCCCCUUCCUGUUGCACGCCGUGUUCAUGGUCAUAGGAGCUCUCAUCCUUUUGUGCGACACUCACAUGCCGCUGUCGACCCCUGAGUGGUGGUGGCACACAGCGACCGGGGUGCUGGCGCUGCCGAUGUCGGCUGUCCGGAGAUACGGCGCUGAAACAGCAGCCGUUAGCGCCGUGCUGGUGCUCCUGGGAACGCUCUGGAGCGGCAUCGACGCUUACUUACCAUGGACCGUGUUCCAACUCAACGGAACCCUAACGGAGGUUGGUUUGACUUUGACUGCCGGUUCGUUGCCCGCCCUGCCGGCGCUGUUCUGGGCGGAAGCUCUCGUGGACUACGUGGGACAUUCUAACCUCUUCAUCACAGCCUUCACCUUUUACUGCCUACGAUACACCGGUCUAGCAUACGGUGACUCUUACACCUGGAUCGUUGUGUGCGAGCUGCUGGAGGUGUUCACUCUCAGCCUGGUGUGGGUGACGGCCAUGUUGUACUUCCGACAUCUGGUGCCCAGGAAAUACACCACCACUGGCCAAGCGCUGCCCGUUAUAGCACAUUUCUGUAUUGGUCGUUGUAUUGGGUCCAUCAUCGGUGGGCUGGUGUCUAUGGAGCGUCCGCUGGAGUCCGCGCGCCAGGUGUACCGCGGCCUGGGAGUGCUGGCGUUGUUGGUGGCGGCGGUCUACCUCGCGCUGUACCACCUCCUGCUGGCGCCGCGCUGCGCCUCGCCAGCUCAAUCUCCCCCCAACCAUCUCUUACAAGGCCUGAACACCAACGGCAGUUCGAACGGCAACUACUCUCCGAUGCGAGUGUAUCACGAGGAACGUUCCAGAAAGGGACAUUUCCGCUAUUGAUGACCUGUAACUCACCUUUAGUCACGACAAGUACAUCAUUGUGAUACACGCAACUUCAUUUAGUUUAUAGGCUUUAUAUUUACGACAAUGCAUUUAAUUAAGUUUUGACAUUUUUGCAUAAUUUAAUCUUAACAUGUUUCGAAUAGUCUUUUUUGAUAAGUAAUAAAAGUUUUUUCUUUAGAUU